CGGCCCUAUAAAUGUAUGUACAACAAUCGAUAUAAUAGUUGUGCCUUGCGGAUCUGUUUCUAUGAAUUAUUUUCUUUCAAAGUACUUCAAUCGGCGAGACUAGAAGCGAAAGAGCAAGUUUAGAUAACAAAGUGUGCAUAGUGCAGAGUAGGAGAUGAUGUCCUCACCAGCUAAUUUGAACACGGGGGGAGAAGAGAAGAAAUUAGAAAUAGAGAAAGUGGUAGAGAGUCAGGUAGAGGUAGCAGAUACCGAGUCAAAGAGAAUUCAGCCAUGGAAAGAGCAAAUAACAGUGAGAGGAUUGGUGGUGAGCACGGUGCUUGGAAUCAUAUACAGCAUAAUAGCCAUGAAGCUCAAUCUCUCAGCUGGAAUCGUUCCUAACUUUAAUGUCUCUGCUGCCCUUCUUGCUUUCUUGUUUGUCCGAAGCUGGAACAAAGUGCUCCACAAGGCUGGUUUUAUCUCCAAACCCUUCACCCGCCAAGAAAACACCAUCAUACAGACUUGUGUUGUCUCAUGCUAUAGCAUUGCUGUUCAUGGAGGAUUUGCUUCUUAUCUUUUGGGAUUAAACAGGAAGACGUAUGAGUUGUCUGGAGUUGGGACUGAGGGUAACAAUCCAAAUACUGUUAGAGAUCCUGGAUUUGCUUGGAUGACUACCUUCCUUUUUGUGGUUUGCUUUGUUGGUCUCUUCAUCUUGAUUCCACUCAGAAAGAUCAUGAUAGUUGACCUGAAGUUGACGUUUCCUAGUGGCUUGGCAACAGCUGUUCUCAUCAAUGGUUUCCACACGCAGGGGGACAAAAUGGCCAAGAAGCAAGUUGGUGGGUUCUUGAAGUAUUUUUCCAUCAGUUUCAUGUGGGGUUUUUUCAAGUGGUUCUUCUCAGGGACACAGGAUUGCGGAUUCGCUCAGUUUCCUACCUUUGGAUUGCAAGCUUGGAAGCAAACAUUCUAUUUUGAUUUUAACAUGACUUAUGUGGGAGCAGGGAUGAUUUGCCCCCACCUUGUAAAUUUGUCUUUGCUCCUUGGAGCCAUUCUCUCCUUUGGAGUGAUAUGGCCGCUCAUUGAUCGUCGCAAGGGAGAUUGGUUCCCUACCAAUUUAGAUGAGAGCAACAUGAAAGCUUUGUACGGCUACAAGGUCUUUCUAACAGUUGCUCUCAUCCUCGGUGAUGGCUUAUACAACUUUGUCAAGAUUUUAGUUUCCUCAAUCCUUAGCGUACAUGAAAAAAUUAAGAACCGUAAAAAUGCUUCAAGUGCGGAUCAACAGAGAGAUAACGCUGAAGAGCUUAAACAAAAAGAAGUUUUCCUGAGGGACAACAUUUCGAUGUGGAUCGGAACCGGCGGAUACAUAGUUUUGUCGGUGAUUUCCAUAAUUGUAAUCCCUUUAAUGUUUCCUCAGCUGAAGUGGUUCUACGUGGUGGUCGCUUACAUCUUAGCCCCGUCCCUGGCAUUCUGUAACGCUUACGGAACGGGUCUCACCGACAUGAACAUGGCAUACAAUUACGGCAAAGUGGCACUCUUUGUUGUUGCAGCUAUGAGCGGGAGAGACAACGGCGUAGUGGCAGGUCUCGUAGGGUGUGGUCUGGUUAAAUCUGUUGUCUCUGUGGCUUGCACUCUGAUGCACGAUUUCAAAACUGCAUAUUACACCUGCACUUCUCCUAAAGCAAUGUUCAUAUGCCAAUUAAUCGGCACUGCGUUGGGCUGCGUAAUAGCUCCCCUCAGCUUCUUUCUGUUCUACAAGGCAUUCGAUGUGGGGAACCCGCAUGGGGAAUUCAAGGCCCCCUAUGCGCUAAUUUACAGAAACAUGGCGGUUUUAGGCGUCGAAGGUUUCUCCGCACUGCCCCAGCAUUGCUUGCAGCUCUGUUACGGGUUCUUUGCUUUCGCGGUGGUGGUGAACAUGGUGAGAGACCUCUCCCCCAACGUGUUUGGGAAAUGGAUGCCGUUGCCCAUGGUGAUGGCGAUUCCCUUUCUGGUUGGUGCCUACUUUGCCAUUGAUAUGUGCCUUGGGAGUUUGGUGGUUUACGUGUGGCACAAGCUUAACACUAAGAAGGCAGAGGCCAUGAUUCCAGCAACUGCGUCUGGACUCAUUUGUGGAGAAGGCCUGUGGGCUCUUCCCGCUUCCAUUCUUGCUCUUGCCAAAGUUAACCCGCCUAUCUGCAUGAAUUUUCUUGCUUCCUAGAACUUGAUCAACUACAUCAAACCAAUGAAUGCCAUAAUUAGUUAGUUAAUUAAUACUACUAUAUAUGUUAGCAGGUACACUUCAUACAUAACCAAAAUGCUAUAAAUAUUCCAAGUGUCUGGCCAUUGGGCUUAGGAACAUUGUAUUAUUGCUUACUACAACUUUGUAGGAAAAGUCAGUUCCUGUUAAUUGAUCUCUCGGAAGGGAAUUUCUUCUUCACAGGAGUCAUAAUUAAUUCGAGUUAUUUGCCUACAACGUCAAUGCUACAAAUAAAUUAUUAAGAGAA